UUGAGUGUGUUUGCCAUGUUUGAUCAAUCACAGUUUCAGGAGUUCAAAGAGGCCUUCAACAUGAUUAACCAGAACAGAGACGGUUUCACUGACAAGGAAGAUUUACAUGAUAUGCUUGCCUCAUUGGGGAAGAAUCCCAUGGAUGCGUACCUUGAUACCAUGAUGAAUGAGGCUCCAGGACCCAUCAAUUUCACCAUGUUCCUCACCAUGUUUGGUGAGAAGUUAAAUGGCACAGAUCCCAAAGAUGUCAUCAGAAAUGCUUUUGCUUGCUCUGAUGAAGAAGCCACAGGCACCAUUCAGGAGGAUUACCUGAGAGAGCUGCUGACCAUCAUGCGUGAUCAGUUUACAGAUGAGGAAGUGGAUGAGCUGUACAGAGAAGCCCCUAUUGACAAAAAGGGGAAUUUCAAUUACAUCAAGUUCACACGCGUCCUUAAACAUGGAGCAAAAGACAAAGAUGAUUGA